AUGCUCUCGCCGUCGUCGCCACUGCUGCAGCAGCACGACGCAGAGGAGGCGUGGCGGCGGGUGACGCUGGUGCAGGCGGUGAACGAGGGCGUGCCGGCGGCGGCGGUGGCCGGGUGGCGGGCGGCGCGCGAGGCGCUGCGUGCCGAGGACGCGCUGGUGUAUGUGCGGCGGGGCGGGAAGCGGUUCUCGCUGGCUGCGGAUGGCUUCUACUACGCUGUCUCGUGCCCGUGGGCGGUGUUUGUGGCCGGGGUGGCGGUCCUCUACACGGCGCUUGCGCUCGUCUGUGUCGCCCUGCAGCAGCUCGAUGGGGCUGGCUUUGAUCCGCCCCCGCGGACCAUGGGCCACAAGAUCCUCAUCAAUCUCAACGUGCUGACCGGCCUGGGGCUGGGCAAGUACUCGGUCUCAACCACAUACAUGGACAUCAUGCUCUGCGCCGAGUCGCUGCUCAAGGUCAUGUGCUUCUCCUUUGUCACCGGCCUGGUCUUCUCGCGCUUUGCCCGGCCGCGCGCCCGCAUCUGCGCCUCGUCGUGCGCGGUCCUCGCCUGCCACAUGGGCGCGCCUGUUGUCAUGCUCCGUAUCGCUAACGAGCGCGACGACAACAGGCUCAUCAACGCCUCCUUCCGCUGCACCUUUUCCAUCUCUGAGACUGGGCCAGACGGCUCGACCUGGCGCCACCAGCUGCCGCUCACUCUCCGCCGCGACUUUAUGCCCACCUUUGCACUCCCGCUCACCCUCAUGCACGACAUCGACGAACACUCGCCGCUCGCCCGAUUCACGCCGGCGGAGCUGCUCGAUGGCCACGCCCACAUCUCGCUCUCGGUCUCAGCCACCGAUCCAACCCAGGGCGGAAACGUCUCGGCGCUCUUUGGCCUCCGCGCCUCGGAGCUCGAGUUUGGCAAGGCCUUUGCGGACAUGUUCAUUCGCGACGCUGUCGACCCGAGCCGCCGCAUCGUGCGGAUGGACCUCCUCUCCAAGCUCAAGACAUCGUGA